AUUUAGGCGGCGCUGUGUUCCCUGCGGGAAUCACCGACCUGCGGCUCCAGACCACGGGCCACCCCGCCCCGACACUGCAGGCGGGCUCUCCACGGGGGUCUGCGCGGCCCGGCGGGGGUCCUGACAGGCCGAGCGACUGCAGUAGGAGGGGGCGGGCCCGGCUCUCGGUCCGCCCCACGCCGGGCUCGGGGUGGGGGCUCGGGGCAUAUUACGGGAUGGAAGCUCCGGGUGUCGCGGGGGCGGGAGGAAUUCAGGGGAGGGGAGAGGCGCGCGGGUGAAAGGCGCAUUGAUGCAGCCUGCGGCGGCCUCUGAGCGCGGCGGGGCCAGACGCUGACCAGGUUCCGCUCCUCGGUCUCCUCCUCCGCCUCAAGCUCCGCGCUGCCCGGCAGCCGGGAGCCAUGCGACCCCAGGGCCCCGCCGCCUCCCCGCAGCGGCUCCGGGGCCUCCUGCUGCUCCUGCUGCUGCAGCUGCCCGCGCCGUCGAGCGCCUCUGAGAUCCCCAAGGGGAAGCAAAAGGCGCAGCUCCGGCAGAGGGAGGUGGUGGACCUGGUGAGUCCGAGGGAGCCGAGCCGGGACCGCCGCGCUGGUGGAGGGGACCUGGCCGCGCGCCGCACGGGCAGGGUGUCAGUCUGGCUGUUGGGGGUGUCUGUCUGUACAGCUGUGUGUCGUGUGUCUUGCUGCGCCUGGGUGUCAUGCUUUUUAUUAACAGGUAAAGAAGGACCUGGUUAUGCGUGCAGUGAGUCUUGGAACUCAGAGGGGAGACCAAAAUGGGAGGCCAUCGUGGAGCGGACAUGCGAUAUGGGCCCGGUGGGACUCCCCGAAGUACAGGGAAUCCCCCAAUAAUUUCUGGCCCCAGGGGGAUCCCUUGGGAAGGAUGGGAGUGAUAGGGCGGCAGUGAGAGUAGGAUGAGGAGCUUGGGUAGGUCCGAAGUGGACCUGGGAAAAACCCUGGCCUCGCUAAUCCCAUGGACCUGGGCCUGGGCCAGGACGGUGCAACGUGUCCUUUGUUGGGCCUGGUGGCCACGUCUGCCUGCGAGAGAGAAUAACAACCCCCACAAAGCAUCCGUCCAACUCUUUGUAACUUGAAGACUGUGAGUCACGUUGGGUCAUCUUCCUAGGGAGUAUGGGCUGCAAUUUACUUUGUUGGACAACCACAGCUGGGGCUAGGAAUGGUUCAGAGGGUUUAAGGCUGGAAGGGGAAAUGAAGGGGCCCGGCGCUAACCCUCUAAGGACCUGUUUUGCUUCUUCUGUUUAAACCAAAUGGGCAGUCAGUCCUUACUCACACCCUGGGUCUUCGGAUGUGGCCGCCAGGUAGGAGCAUCACAGUCAAGCUAGGGGAGAAAACAGUUUCCAGGAAACUGGAAAUGAACGGCCCGAGUGCUUUCCAGGGGCUCAUCUGUGGGAAGUAUAAUGGAAUGUGCUUACAAGGGCCAGCAGGAGUGCCUGGUCGAGACGGGAGCCCUGGGGCCAAUGGCAUUCCGGGUACACCUGGGAUCCCAGGUCGGGAUGGAUUCAAAGGAGAAAAGGGAGAAUGUUUGAGGGAAAGCUUUGAGGAGUCCUGGACACCCAACUACAAGCAGUGUUCAUGGAGUUCAUUGAAUUAUGGCAUAGAUCUUGGGAAAAUUGCGGAGUGUACAUUUACAAAGAUGCGUUCAAAUAGUGCUCUAAGAGUUUUGUUCAGUGGCUCACUUCGGCUAAAAUGCAGAAAUGCAUGCUGUCAGCGUUGGUAUUUCACAUUCAAUGGAGCUGAAUGUUCAGGACCUCUUCCCAUUGAAGCUAUAAUUUAUUUGGACCAAGGAAGCCCUGAAAUGAAUUCAACAAUUAAUAUUCAUCGCACUUCUUCUGUGGAAGGACUUUGUGAAGGAAUUGGUGCUGGAUUAGUGGAUGUUGCUAUCUGGGUUGGUACUUGUUCAGAUUACCCAAAAGGAGAUGCUUCUACUGGAUGGAAUUCAGUUUCUCGCAUCAUUAUUGAAGAACUACCAAAAUAAAUGCUUUAAUUUUCAUUUGCUACCUCUUUUUUUAUUAUACUUUGGAAUAGUUCAUUUAAAUGACAUUUUAAAUAAGUUUAUGUAUACAUCUGAAUGAAAAGCAAAGCUAAAUAUGUUUACAGACCAAAGCGUGAUUUCACACAGUUUUUAAAUCUAGCAUUAUUCAUUUUGCUUCAAUCAAAAGUGGUUUCAAUGUUUUUUUUUUUAGUUGAUUAGAAUACUUUCUUCAUAGUCACAUUCUCUCAACCUAUAAUUUGGAAUAUUGUUGUGGUCUUUAGUUUUUUCUCUUAGUAUAGCAUUUUUAAAAAAAUAUAAAAGCUACCAAUCUUUGUACAAUUUGUAAAUGUUAAGAAUUUUUUUAUAUCUGUUAAAUAAAAAUUAUUUCCAACAACCUUAA